AUGGCUCAGAACGGAACAACAGAGAACGGGGUGACCGGGGCGAAUGGCGAUGGGGGCCCUCCCAUGCCUUUUCCCCAGCCCUUCAAAGUGCAGGAGAUACGCCACACCAAGAUUUUUAUCAACAAUGAGUGGCACACCUCUCUCAAAGGAAAGACAUUUCAGACCUUCAAUCCAGCAACAGGUGUCCAAAUCUGUGAAGUGGAAGAAGCAGACAAAGCAGAUGUGGACAAGGCUGUAAAGGCUGCCAGAGCGGCCAGCCAGAGGGGCUCGCCGUGGCGAAGGAUGGACGUGUCAAGCCGGGGGCGACUCCUGCACAAGCUCGCUGACCUGAUGGAGAGGGACCGGGCACUGCUAGCGACUAUGGAGACUAUAGACACUGGGAAGCCAUUCCUUCAUUCUUUCUUCAUUGAUCUGGACGGCAGCAUCAAAACCCUUAGAUACUAUGCCGGUUGGGCCGACAAGAUACAUGGCAAAACCAUGCCUGUAGAUGACACUUUUAUGUGUUUCACCAAACAUGAGCCCAUAGGUGUGUGUGGCGCCAUCAUCCCAUGGAACUUCCCCCUGCUGAUGUUCAUGUGGAAGGUGGCCCCGGCGCUGUGCUGUGGUAACACUGUGGUCAUCAAGCCAGCCGAGCAAACCCCUCUCACAGCCCUGCACGUAGGAUCUCUCAUCAAAGAGGCCGGUUUCCCCCCCGGAGUGGUGAACAUCGUGCCAGGGUUCGGCCCCACAGCAGGCGCAGCCAUUGCUAGCCACAUGGGCAUCGACAAAGUGGCGUUCACGGGAUCUACAAAGGUAGGCCAGUUGAUCAAAGAGGCCGCAGCAAAGAGUAAUCUGAAAAGAGUGACCCUGGAGCUGGGUGGGAAGAACCCCUGCAUUGUCUUUGCUGACUCGGACUUGCAGUUGGCAGUGGAGGAGACCCAAAAGGGAGCCUUCUUCAACCAGGGCCAGUGCUGCACGGCCGCGUCGCGUGUCUUCGUGGAGGAACAGAUCUAUGAGGAGUUUGUACGCCGCAGCGUCGAGAGUGCCAAGAGUAUCGUCAUAGGAGACCCCCUGGACCCACGUACAUCACACGGACCACAGAUUGACCAGAAGCAGUUUGAUAAGAUACUGGAGUUGAUUGACAGCGGGAAGAAGGAGGGAGCCAAACUGGAGUGUGGGGGUGUGGCCAUGGAGGACACAGGCCUCUACAUCCAGCCCGCCGUAUUCUCCCAUGUCAAGGACCACAUGCGCAUCGCCAAGGAAGAGAUCUUCGGCCCGGUCCAGUGUAUAUUCCGCUUCAAGAGCCAGCAGGAGGCCAUAGAGAGAGCCAACAGUACGGAGUACGGCUUGGCUUCUGCCGUGUUCACACGCAAUCUGGACCGGGCUCUCUCUGUGUCUGCCGCCCUGGAGACUGGCACCGUCUGGGUAAACUGUUAUAACGCCCUCCAUGCCCAGGCACCAUUCGGAGGAUACAAAAUGUCAGGCAAUGGACGAGAGCUGGGUGAGUAUGCAUUGGCAGAGUACUCUGAGGUGAAAGCUGUGACCAUCAAACUGACUGAGACACUGUGA